AUGAGGUUGACAUCUGAUCGAGCUAACCGUGCCUACCCCAGGAUCAUUGUGGAUCAUCGGUACAAGGUUCUCUACUGUGAAAUUCCGAAGAUCGCCACAACGAAUUGGAAACGUGUAUUUCUCAUGCUCUCCAGCAAAAUGAGCCCAUCCCUCAAGCUAAAGAUGAAUGGGAAUGACAUUCACCACAAGUAUGAAAAGUAUACCACCUUUCUAUCAGCUCUUCAACCCGCGGAAAUAGAUGAAGUGCUGAGGACCUAUUACAAGUUUGUUUUUGUACGUGAACCAUUUGAGAGACUCCUAUCAGCUUAUCGGAGCAAAAUGGCUGCAACCAAUGAAGGGAUGUUUGCAUCCAUUGGUAGGAGCAUUGCAAGGAAGUACAGGAAUAAUUCCCACAAUAAAGACCCUCAUCCGUCAUUCUCCGAAUUUCUAGAAUAUAUCGUGAAAACGAAUACACGGACAUUCAAUGAGCACUGGCAGCUACAGGAAGACCUUUGCCAGGUGUGUAACAUUAAGUACGACUUGAUUGGUAAAUAUGAGGAGUUACAGACAACUGCCCAAACCAUACUGGAUCACAUAGGCGCACCAUCCAAUGUCACCUUUCCUCAGCGAUCAGAUACUUAUCUGACUGAGAAGACGAACAGACUUCUCAGACACUAUUACCAAGACAUUCCGCCCUCCCUCCUAGAGCAUGUGUGGCGAAAGUAUUAUCCAGACUUUCAGCUGUUUAACUACACAGUACCUAGUGCUAUCGCAAGUCUUACCAAACUGUGA